GAGUGGUUUGCAGAAUGCCCUGAGCUCAUGCACCGCUGCUUUAUGGACAUACAUCCCGUUAAAUAUUGGAAUUAACACACUAAGGAAAAUGGGAGACUUGGAAUUCGGAUUCGAGGAAAUGCAGGGCGUAAAACUCGGAUAUCUGGUUAUUAAAGGUAAACAAAUGUUUGCCCUCUCGCAAGUCUUCACCGACCUCUUAAAAAAUAUCCCACGGACUACUGUACACAAACGAAUGGAUCACCUAAACGUGAAGAAACAUCACUGUGACUUAGAGGAACUGCGAAAGCUCAAAGCAAUAAAUUCAAUAGCGUUCCACGCAGCUAAAUGUACUUUGAUUUCAAGAGAGGAUGUGGAGGCGCUGUAUUUCUCCUGCAAAACAGAACGCGUGCUGAAAUCAAACAAAAGAAGGACAAAGACAAAAUCCCCAGAACACACGUGUGGUGACAAAAACCACACUGAGGCCAGAAAUGGGUUUUGGAAAGAAAAAGUUUGGUUAAGUUUGCGUGGAGUUCCACCGACCCUCGCAUUCAAAAACAAAGCUGUUAGACAAGACAUUGCCUCGAGUACCGAAUCGAAUCUACCUCAAAUUUACAGCAAAUCCCUUUGCCGUGAUUUUCCACCAGUAACCACGUCGGCAUGUAGGCCUUUUAAAAACUAUGAAACCGUUCCAAUACCGGGCAACUGUGUCUCCUUUCAUCAGAAACAUGCGUUUUUUCGCAACGUUGUACACCGACAUGCAGCGCUCUCCCAGCCAGCCAUUGCUCCGGAGCCCGUGCACCCGGGCAGCGUCGACUUGCUUUCCAGGAGGAAGAGGAAGCGCGAGAGCACGAGGAGGCAGUUCUGGAGCAGGAACAGGCGCUGCCACCAGCUUCUGCUCGUUCCGAAAUGCUGCAAACCAAAAGGACCGAAUGGAUCUUUGAGACGGUUCCACGCGGAGCACGAGAGCUACGCGGGCUCUCGGCACGCCGGACAUUUUCAGGAGAGCUGCAGCAGCGACACUGAAUCCAGUUCCAUCUCGGAGCGGCUGUACAAUGAUUCGGAUUUUGGCUCAAGUUUGUCCACCACCACCAACUCCGGAACGUCAGACGAGGAGGAAGACGAUUCUCUCUCAUGCUCUUCGGACGACAGCAGUGAUGAAGAGAGCUCCUCUCAGUCUGACUCGAGCUCCGUGUCCAGCCAGGUCUCGGUGCAGAGUAUUCGAUUCAGGCGGGCUGGUUUCUCCAGCCUCAGUACAAAAGCACCUCUGGUGUUACAACCCACGUUCCACUAUCGGCCAAAUCUUCAGCACAGAUCAAGUAUUCACGGGACUGUGGCAGCUCUGGACUGCGAACGGGCGCUGAAUUUUCAGAAAUUGGACAUUGCAACUUGGAGGCAUAGACACAGGGAUAGCGAUGCCUCAAAUGUGAGAAAGUUGUACACGGUGGGGAAUUCUUUCUCAGGCUUAAGAAGAGACGCGACACCGGAGACAGUAUUACACCUCGACUUUUCAAACGAUCCAAAGACAACAGACAUUGCAAGUAGCAGAAUUAAAGACGUGGGUUUUACAUCCGGCACAGACGAAAAGGUAUUUCCACAACAAAGGGCAUCAGGAGAUUCUAACAAACGCUACCGACUCCUGGUGCCACAUUAUACCCAGGAUGAAGACACCAUUAUUUCUAAGCCUUCUGACAACAAUUUGUCUGUAGCUGCAAAUUCCAAAAAGGACGCAAAACUAGGCAGCUGUCACAAAGUGCCCUCACCUCUCAGAACAAUCAAGCGAGAGGCCGAGGACCCUAUCACGGCUGGGAACUCAAGCGACAGCAACACGACCGGGAAAAUCGCACCGUUCCCAGUAAAUAACGUCAAAAUUAAAGUGGAGGACAGUUUUGACGAAUACGAAUAUGCAACUCAAGGUCCUGGUUACCAAUGCAAAGGAAAUGAUGUAUACGGUUUGUAUAUGAGUGGAAGUACAGCAAUGGAGCAUUGUGAAGAUGUCAGUAAAACACCCCCCUAUACUUCUGACCAGGAAUCCAGGAGCACUUUAAACACUCAGUGCGCCCACAGAGGAGAAUACAGGAACGGUACAAGGGUCAGAAAAAACUACAGGGUUCCGCUUUUUGGGAAGAAGACAGAAAGUACAGGGACACCGGUUAAGUCGAACCCAAAAGUUGACAGGAGUCCUCGCGCUACUGAAAAAUGUGCGAGCCUCGAAUGCUCGAGCGAGGACAGUGCACGAGCAAACAAACGCAAACGCGCGACCAACAAUUCCUCGUCCCUGAAAAAGCCUUUCAACUUCAUGGCGAAUUUUCCGUCCCCGCCUUCGUUAGUUAUCGGAAGCGAUGGAGACCUGAGUCCUGCUUACUCGCUGAGCUCUUUCAGGAAUACACGCCUGCCCCAUCGCUCUCACCCAGUGUGGAGAUGGCGGCUCGGUCGCUCUGUUGUGCCUCCCCCUCUAAACCAGAGAUCCAGGAAAAUAAGCCCUUGAAUCAGUCUUACGCUUUGAGGGUAAAAGUCUUAAAACUGCGCCAGGCACUGAUAGCCAUUAUGAUUAGUUUGUUUUACCUUUUGGUUUGCGUGAACUUGCUGGUCUGUGCCACACCGCUGGAAAGCUCGUCCCGCUAUGCUACAAAGCCCAGAAUUUUCACCGUGGUUUAGGACACUGGAAUACCGGAUAUUUCAGGGGUGUGCACGAGUGGUAGGCGUUUGCUUCUGGUAGCCUACAGACCAGCAUAUCACAGUACUGUAGACACCCAACACAAAGACCGUACAACUGACAAUCAAGAGCGGUUUGAUUUGCACGACGUCAAGAAGAGGACAACACAAACCAAAUCGAUGUGGUUAUGGCACGCGCAUUUAUAGGUUGUGGUAGGCUAUAUAACAACGGAAGCACAAAUUUACUCUGCGUUGCACUUUGACACAAUGCUAAGGCUCAAUAGAAAUAGGCCUAUAUACUGAGUUCAUAAAAUCCAGCCCCAACCCCUAAAAAAAUCCAAACGUGCAAGAUUGCAUAUCUGUGAAACGUUUUUUUUUUAAUUAGUAAAUGUAUUGGGUGCUAUUUCACAGUUGAAUGGGUUAAUCUUCAUUUUGUCGAAAAAUCAGUUUCAACAGCAAACACAACUUCAACCACUAGCCUGGUAAUUUGCUAAGUUUAAUAAUAUAACAGUUGCUUUAAAAUUGUAAGUAAAGCUGGAAUGUUUAUUUCCCAUCGCAAAACAGUAUAGAUACCUAUAUUGAUAUCGAACUGGUUUGACUACAGUUCAAUUUUCUGCCGCAUUACAAUGUGCAACUAGAGAUCCUAAGGUUUAAUAUCAAAGAAAUGAGCGUGCAGCUGUUGGUGUUCCUCGGGAGGGUUCUCUGUUCCAUGUAAAUGCUCGUGAAUGUACUGUGACGUAGCAUAUUUGUUUACCUUAGUAAAAGCAGACAGUCUCUUAUAAAUGGGCCUAUAAAUAAGCCCAAUCUGAAUGUGGAGCUGAGAUAGGCCACAUAGACUCGAAAGCAGCCCAAAAUGUGCACGGUUUCAACCACGGACGUCACCUCAGGUCCACCCUGACUUGCUCCACGCGAGAGAGCUGCAUGCGUCGCCAGCGUAGCGCGCUUGGUCGACGGCGUGCUGAGAAAACAAUGCUUGGUGGACGGGCGACUGCGUGCUGCUCUCUUUUUGCCUUUCGUGUAUUUUUUGGAGUUUGUUAGGCUAAUGAAGGCCUAUUCACGGAGCACGACUUUGUAGCUUAUGAAUUGCAAAUGGACAUGCUGCAAUAAGAUGCAAAAUGUAGACUCAUUAUUUAAAAAAAAGAAACUAUUUUUUUGACGAGACCCUUUCAUGUAGCCUACGAUUGUUUGCUAAGCCUCGAAAUACGUGUCAAGGUGCACUGUGAAUUGACUUGGCGAAAAGAGAAUUUCAGCUUCGCCAAAUUAGAAGUAGAAUGUAAGGCAGACGACACGAAUCCUGAUGUAUUAGGCCUUUACCCGCAGAGUAGAACUGGACAGUGGCUGUAUAUGCCCUAAACCACACAUGGGCCCGUAUACGAGGGCAGACGCAUCCUCGUUCUAGUGCUCUACCUUUUCUGCGAUACUUGAGGUCAGAUUUUUGACAUGUAAUUUUUAAAUUUGAAGUCACUGGUUGUGUACAAAAUACAUAUUUAUUUUUGUGAUUUUUUUCUGGUUUUGUAUACCUUUGUUGUGUAAGAAAAAAAAUGCACUCGAAUUGAAAACUUGAAUGGUGGAUUCUGAAGCACUUUCCUUUCUUCUCUAAAUGAUGAAAUAUUCAUUAAAUGUAUUUGAGUGUA